CACUCGCCUGCUGCAAUAUAUUGCUGGAUCCCACAGUAGGCACAUAUGCUCCCCCCAUCCCCGUCCGACUGACUGCAAGCCGCUCCCUCUUCCUUGCUCUUCAUACAUCAACGCUUUCUAUCUCUUUUGUACAGCUGUCAAUCCUUUAUUGGCAACUGUCAACCACACCCUAAAAGUAACAACUGUCGUACAACCACUGCCACGAACACUUCUCUCGGCCUACUAUCGUCGCCACCAACGAACGCUUGCCAAUUCAGAUAUACUCCGCAGCAGUAGUCCUGCUUUCAGACUGACAGCUCACCCUCGAAGCGCCGUCAGUCGUUCCAAUCGCUCAAUUACACGUCAAUAAUCACAUCCGAACACAUCAACAUGUUCUACGUUAUGUACCUGACAGGCCUAUGCCAAAGGCGCCACUGGCCCGACCCACUUUUCCAAACCUACCGAACACGCUAUGGUUAUGGUUCAACCGUCAGAGUGAACAACCGAGAGUACUCGACUGACGUGGAGUACGAGAGCGAAGAGCUAGCCAAGAACGCCGCCGCCACUCGAGCCUACAUGAUCUGCCGCAACUUUUCGGUAAACGAUGGAAUGUACCCAGGACAACGGCCCGGCCAGGGUGCCCAGGGACUGCCAACACCGAUAGGAGCAGGCCGACGGAACACUUCCUCAUCCAACGAUUACGACAGCUCCAGUACCACCAGUGGCAACACCAGCCCAAGGAACUCUGAUUGCGGUCUCGAUGCCGCACAGGCGGCUGCGGCAGGAGGCAGACGACCUAGCAAAGCCUCUGUGGCCCCUUCGGGAACCUCGGCAUGCUAUUGCGGCCGUGGUUAUGUCCGUGCUUACGAGAGAUGCUCGGGUUGUCUUCAAGAGGCGGGAUAUAGAGUGUAAGAACAUAUUGAUAGACUACACUUUCUACGGUAUAAAAACCGGUACCAAGCAACAACGACACACCAAAACAUAACGACGAGCGCAUCGAACCAAAAGAUUUGAAGAGCCCAAGCUCAGCGAUACCACGAUUCCUACGAACCUGCAUCCUUCACGAACCCUUUACGGCCUGGCCGACGACCCAUGAUGUUAUAUCUCUUUUGGGACCGGCUACCUGCUUUCCAUCUCGUUAUCGAACAGUCUGGGAUAUGUAACGACUACCAUACCCCGGCCCCUUUCGUUUCCCUCUUCCUCUUCUUACCCGGCGGGGCUGCAUAGCGACGGCAUUGAAGCGUUUUAGCGAAAACCUAUUCCUCUUAUUGCUUUUCGGAUCGGCAACACUUGUCCUUGAUCCUGGGUU